AUGAGUGCUUUAACUAGUAACCACAAAAGAGACCACCCAUGUAAUAAUGACAACCUAUUUUCAAAUUCUCGAGAUUUUCACAUAUCUAAGCGGCCCAGAUUCUCUAGUAUGCACCAGACCCCUAAAUACAACAACCAAACCCUAGGUUCCUCUAACAGUAUUGCCUCUAGAAUCUCUAGGUACCCAGAAUCAGCUACAACGUUUCGGCGAGAGGUUCAUGCCCCUUGUAGACUUCAGAAGUUUGCCUUGUCAAAGUUUAAAAGUAGUGAUUUUAGUGAAAAGGAGAGAACUUUUGGUGAUGCUGAUCUAAUGGGGAAUUUCUUGAGUAAAAAGUUGGAUUUUGCGAAACGAAGUGCCCUUGGUACGAUUAGGCAUUUGGUUAAAGAGAAAGAAGUGAUUGAUGUUGAUAGUGAGAGUGAGAAGAUAGAGAAAGAAAUUGUGUCUGAGGAUUCUAGUAUUGAAGAAGUUGAGGUUAUUGAAGAGGAUGGAAGAGAGGGAGGGCCUACAGUUUUGGACCAGAGGUUGGGAAAUGAGGUUGUGGGAAGUGAGAAUGAUGGUGAUGUUAAAAUUUUGGAGGAGAGAUCAGUGGUUACCAUUGAUGGGAAUUUAGGCCGGGAGAGUGCAGGGAAGAUGUUGGGUUCAUUGGCAUUGAGUAAUGAAGUUGAAGUUUUGAGUGUUGAGGCUUACAAGAAGUUGUUGGAGUAUACAGAGAGGAGGAACGGGAGGUUGAGAUCACUGGAGUUUGAGAUUGAGUACAAUGAGAAAAGGAGGGAUUCGCUUAAGGCGUGGCGACCUGUGAAGAAGGAACCUGUGGAGGGGAUACCUCGUGAGCCUUUUAUCCCUGUCACACCUGAGGAAGAAGCUGAGGUUAAGCAAGCAUUUUUGCCUAACAAUAGGAGGAGGGUCUUGGUUAGUCACAAUAAUUCCAAUAUUGAUAUUACUGGACAAACUUUGCACUGUCUUGCACCAGGAGCAUGGUUGAAUGAUGAGGUCAUAAAUUUGUACAUGGAGUUGCUUAAAGAAAGGGAAAAGAGAGAGCCAAAGAAGUUCUUGAAAUUUGGCAACAGCUCUGAAUAUAACCUCAAUGUUAAUGUCCAGUUAGCAGGUGGAGGUAAGGGUGGCUAUGAUUAUAGAGCUGUCAAAAGAUGGACCACAGAAAAAAAGCUGGGAUAUUUCUUGAUUGACUGUGACAAAAUAUUUGUCCCUGUUCACCAAGAGAUACAUUGGUGUUUGGCAAUUAUUAACAAAAAGGAUCAGAAGUUCCAAUAUCUCGAUUCACUCAAAGGAAGGGACUACAGAGUUCUUGAACGUUUGGCUAAAUACUAUACUGAAGAAGUGAGAGACAAGAGUAAGAAAGACAUUGAUGUAAGUAAUUGGGAGCAUGAAUUUGUUGAAGACCUUCCUGAACAGGAGAAUGGGUAUGACUGUGGCGUAUUUAUGAUCAAAUAUGCUGAUUUUUAUAGCAGAGGGGUAGGACUUUGUUUCGGCCAGGAGCAUAUGCCCUAUUUUCGGUUGAGGACAGCUAAGGAAAUUCUGAGAUUGAAAGCUGACUGA